AUGAGUAGAAAUACUCCGGGCAAAACGCCCUCCCCAUCAAACCUCAGCAGAGCAAAUUCCAUACCCACGCUCCAAAAAAAAAAAAAAAACCCUCAACCACAUCUACUAACAAUUCCAAAGCAAAUAUAUCACCAUCAACCGUACCACUUCAUUCAAACUCGCGGAGCUCAUAACUACCGCGGACCGUUAUUGCAGAAAACACCGCCACCGUCUCCGGCCUCUCAACACCUUCCGCCGCCACGACCACGACCCCGGCUGCAACCAACGCUGAUAACACUAAUUACACCAAACAUACUGCCAACAUUAGCAAAACCAGUACACUUUUCGCCGCGAACCACUCUACCCACCUCUACCCUCUCUACAUCUGACGCCAGCCGAUCUACACUCAACCCAUCAUCGCCUAUCGGUACACACAACAAACUGAACUAUGCCCUAUCUACGGCCAACUCAAACACGCCGAAAAUAGAACAGGCUAUCGUUCUAAAUCCGGUCGACGGACUAUUAAUUAAAGACUACAUUUUAGCAAUCGGACAAAUUAUCUCUCCAAGCAACAUUAUAUUUGUAUCAAACAUUUCUAUGGGCCGUGUAUGCGUUUUCUUAUCUAGCGAACAAAUAUUAAGUUCACUAUUAGAUAAAUCACAAAGCAAACUAAAAAUAAACGAUCACAUUAUUCCUAUACGCAGACUCCUCAAUCCCGCUAAAAUAAUUAUAAUAUCCAAUGUAUGCCCUUCUAUCCCUAAUCAGGCUAUUCUGGAUGCACUUAUCCAUAUAAACAUCUCACCAUUAUCUGAAAUUACCUUUCUCAAAGCUGGCAUAAAAGAAAUAGGAUAUGAACACAUACUGAGUUUUCGACGUCAAAUCUAUAUUAAACACAAAGACAUACCGAAUCUCCCCGGUUCUAUACUAAUAAAUGCUAAUGAAACUAACUUCAGAAUUUUCUUUACUGAUGACACAAUCACCUGCUACACAUGCAAGUCGACAGGUCAUACAUCUAUGACCUGUAAUAAAUAUACAAUAAACAUCCAAAAUACCUCUCAGACACCUAACCACCAGGAUAACCAAAAACAUCAGCCCACAUCCUCAGAAGAAGAACAAAACCCCGAACUGUUAGAAAAUAUCCAAAUGCCAGAAAGUCCAUCAUUUAUCGAAGAAGACCCAAAAACCCACAUGGAAUGGACAGUUAAAACACCUACUCCUCCACCCAAAUUCCAGCUCUAA